AUGAUCUUCCUCACCAAGCUCGAAUACUAUCAAGGCAUCCUGUUCUUGACCACCAACCGCUUCUCUGCCAUCGACCACAACUUCCAGUCCCGUGUUGACUGGUUCUUGCCUUACUACGACCUCGACUCCACGCAGCGCCGGCAGGUUUGGCUCAACUUCUUAAAACACUUUGGAGCUGAGAAGUUUGUGGUUGGCGAAAGCGACCUGGACCGUCUAGAGAUCAAGAACUUGUGCAAGACUGCGUUGAUGCUGAGCGGAAGGGAUAACAAUGGAGUUGUGAAGGCGGACAGGUUGCUCAUGCUUGCUCAGAAGCGGACUGCCGCACUUCAGCUGCUGGGUCAGAAGGGGGAUGCGAACAUGGAGGGCAGAUGA